AUGAACAGUGCAGAGUUCUCCUCCAUCUCUAACGCCACCAGCGGUGACAGCAGUAGGUUUUGUCCCAUAAAGCCCCAGCACAUCUCCAUUUCUGUGCUCAUUUGUCUGACUUUCCUGGUGGGACUCCUGCUUAAUGUCUUCAGUCUGUGGGUGUUCACAUGCAGGACACCAGAAUGGACGUCCAGCACUGUUCUUCAGUUUCAUCUAGCUGUCAGUGAUGUCCUUAUGUGUCCUAUGGGACCGUUUAUGGCAGUAUAUUAUCACACUGCUAACUGGCUUUUUGGGAAAGCUCUCUGUCGGCUUAAAAUAGCUUUAAUAACCUUUCACAUUUACAGCAGUAUUCUGUUUCUGACUCUCAUUAGCAUUCACCGCUAUGUGGCCGUGGUACGCUACAACCAAGACUCUAACAUGAAUCGAAAGGACUUUGUCCAGAAACUCUGUGCUGGAGUUUGGCUUUUUGUAUUGGUUAAAGGAACUGUUUUAGCAGCUGUUUUAGACACAAGCACCGUGGACAAUCGCACGUUAUGCCUCAGCAUUCACCAAGGACAAUAUACUGACUUUUAUUUCAUUGUAAACUUCACUGUCCUCAUUCCUGGAUUACUUCUAUCCUUCAUUGUUUCUGCGAUCUGCUACACUCUUCUGGUGCGCUCGAUGUCCCGUCUCAACACUAGCCAUGAUAGUGGACAAGCUAUUAAGAGCAAAUCAUGUAAAAUGGUGGCUGUUUGUUUGGCUAUUUUUGUUGUUUGUUUCACGCCUAUGAAUGUGGUGCGCAGUGUGGGUCUUGUGGUCAAGAAAUUUUUACCCCAAAAAUGCAGUCUCCUUUUAAAAGUGGAGACUGCAUACUAUGUGUCAUGGAUCUUGACUGGAGCCAACUGCUGUCUCGAUCCAAUUAUCUAUUGUUUCAGCUGUCAGAAAUUCACAAAAACAUUUCGUAUCUCUCUUAGGAAACUAGGUUUGAGGCUUGAAAUGAGUCACGGCGAAUCUUCAUAA